AUGUCAUCAGGAUUACAAGAAAUUCUGGAGUUUUCAACUGAACUGUCAUACAUAUCAUUAAUUGUACUCACAGCAGGAGGUAUACAAGAUGACAUUGUCAAAUGUGUAGGUCCAACUUAUCUAUCAUCUUUUGAUUCAAACUCGAGGUCAAAUCCACAUAGAUCAGGUUCAAUUUAUGGAUCCCGUAGAUCCCCUAAAAUAGCCAGUACGAUCAUUUUAGGCGAUGGUAAGAAUGGAGUGGAAUAUGCUUUGUAUGUUAACCUGGGUCAAGAAUUAGAUGGAUCUGAUUCUGGUGUUGGACCCAAUGAAGCAAUCAGUUGGGGAAAGUUUAAAAUGGAUUCAGACAGUGUCCAAGUCUUGGCUGUUGCUACUUUAGUCUCCCCUUUAUUUGUUGCUGCUACUUGGAGGAAAUAG